UGCUUAGCCAGCUGCCUGCAUAUAAAUAUGUAGCUCUGGAGAUUCAAAGCUUCGUUGCUGGAUUCCAAAUACUAGCCAUAGGGGUAGAAGCCUUGUUAGAGCUUUGCUGCCUCAGCUUGUCUGUAGGCUAGCCCAUUAGGUGAACAGACGUGGUGACGUCAGACUCCACUUUUUCCAUUGCUGUGAGGGAGAACCAACCCGUCAAGAACGAGGAAACAAUAUGAAAAACUGAUAUAUCUUAAUGCCAGAUUCUCGGCCGAUUCAUUAUGUAUAUAUUAUGUUUCAUUCUAGAAGAAAGGAACGCGGGAUCUGUGGGCGCACGACCUGCUUGCGGCGGUUUGGCCAUCCAAGGUAUCCCCCCGCUAAGUUAGCGCGCGACAUUCAACCAGGUCGUGGAACCAAGGCGGCACAUACUCGGCGUCUAUUCCUCAACUCAGCCACACCAUAUAUACUCCAAAUUUAUCUCCAAGUCGAGACUUACUGUGCCCUAUAUUGCCAAUAAGCGACCUCUACUGUGAGAAAACCAUGUGCCGGACCUCUCCUUAAGCUCCGGCGACAACGAAAGGCAAGCCCCGACCGCUAAUCGCCACGCCCAUCAAGACAUGGAGCAGCCUCCAGGCCAAGACGGGCGCGUGAGCAGCAGUCGAGCCUCGGCGUUCCAGGCCCCGAGGAAGAAGAGGAAUCACAGAGGAGGGAAAAAGAAGCGCUCAACGAAGCAGUCGUUUUCAUCGCCCUCCGAAGAAGAAGAUGUGUCGGCCGUCCUCGAGACCUCAGAAGAUCGCAAAACUAAGCAAAGCACUGCGAGGUCCCCUUUGCACAGACUACAAGGGCGGAACUCGAGUAAUACGAGCUUAGAGAGCGAGGCACUGCUCGAUCACCGAGAACAGAAGUUCAUGAGGCCUCGAAGAGCCUCGACAUUACAACAUAAUGCAUUUGACCAGUCAAUCUACGAAUCCCCCGGCUCCAUCCGGCCACAAUAUACAAACCCCUUUGCCUCCCAAGAAAGUGUUCGCAGCCGCCAGUUGAAGCGUGGAUACUCAGGGCCCAAUAAUGAAGAAAACUUGGACGAAGAGGCAGACGAGCGGACACCGAUGCUUGCUACUUCUAUGCCAAGGAGUGGAUACGGAGAACAAAGUAUGGGGUCGGGACCCAAACCGAGCCGAUAUGGUCGAAAUGGCAGCAGCUCGUCCGAUAUUAGGAAAAGAGUAUCGAAAUCGACCAGCCGAGAGGUGCCCGCCCCUCUUCCCUCUCAAUCGUCGGGCGCUUACAACGUCAAUUACCCACCUUCUGUUCCAGGAAGCCCUUCGAUGAGCCCGGCCCAUAAGCCAAUGAGCUUUGGGGACAUGCUGGGACGAGAUGAAUUCCCAAGUGAUAGGGAUCAUUUUGAAGAAGAAGAAACGGACGAGUAUCAUGACAGGGGCGAGACGACGCCCGACCGGCGGUCAGUGCAUGGCUCGCUGGUCGAGAGAUUGGAACGACGCCCGACAAUCGCCGCAAGAGCAGAGGAGGAUGUGUGCUUUCCUGCGGAAGCUAUGUCAGAAAUCACGGAAAUUGCAGAAGAAGACGUUGCGGAACGGGAAGGCAGUAUAUUCCACCAAAAUGUACGACGCCGACGUCCAAAGUGGCCUGAUCUGGCUGUUCUUGAUGAGUGGAGCAGAAUUGAGAAGGAAGGGAGAAGUGAAGAGGCGCGAGCAAAGAGAAUGGUUGAACCGCAGCUUAUUGGAGGACGUCUGCGUCCCACCCACUCGCGGAAUUGGCAUCGGGUAGAGGAGGAUGCUCCUUACCGAUUUACCUACUUCAACGAAGAAUUCCCAAGCACCAUCCACAGCCAGACUAUAUCAGAGCUCGAACAACCUGGCCUAGGUUUUAAGGAGCUAUUUAUUCCUGACCGCCCCGAAUUAAGCGACUCGUCUGACGACGACAACGAGGAUCAGUACCCGGGGCUUCUGCCGUCAGAACAAUACCAGACGCGUACUCAUUCAAAUGGCAAUAAUAUGGAAUAUAUAGCAACAACUCGCCAAAGCUCUUAUAUGGAUUUGAGCCCGUGUUCAACUGUGCCCGAGGACAGGCAUUCUGAAAAAGUCUCAACUCCCGCUCACAGGGGUAAACUAAGCUCUGCGAACACCAUGAACAUCACCGAAUUAUCGUUACCGCCACCACAAGAUCCUCAUCAAGCAGCAGCGGCAGCUAAAGAAGCUACAACCGAGCAAACUUCAGCCGGCACCAAGUCCCCAGAGGCCCCCAGAGAACGACCGAAGCGUUACGGAGACAGGCCAACGUGGUGGCUAGACGUGUUCUCUCCAUCUGAAGCGGAAAUGAAAACCAUAGCCAAAACAUUCGGUAUUCAUCCGCUUACCGCAGAGGACAUUAUGGUUCAAGAAGCGCGAGAGAAGGUGGAACUGUUCCGUAACUACUACUUUGUCAACUAUCGGACAUUUGAGCAGGAUAUGAAUAACGAAGACUUCCUCGAGCCUGUCAACAUGUAUGUCGUCGUUUUCCGUGAAGGAAUCAUCAGCUUCCACUUCUCGCUCACCCCGCACCCAGCAAACGUGCGGCGACGAAUUCGCCAGCUGAAAGACUACCUGAUCCUCUCCUCGGAUUGGAUUUCCUACGCCAUCAUCGACGAUAUUACCGAUGUAUUUGCACCAUUGAUCCAAACCAUCGAGGAUGAAGUCGACGACAUCGACGACGCGAUUCUAAUGUUGCAUUCUCCACCAUCCGGCGACUCCACAGAUGAGAAACGCUCCGAAGCAGGCGGAAAGACUGUAGAAAACGGCGCCGACAUGCUCAGGCGUGUUGGAGACUGCAGGAAGAAGGUCAUGGGUCUGUAUCGACUGCUCGGCAAUAAGGCGGAUGUGAUUAAGGGGUUUGCGAAGAGAUGCAAUGAGCAUUGGGAUGUUGCGCCGAGGAGCGAGAUUGGGCUAUAUUUGGGGGAUAUUCAGGAUCAUAUUGUGACUAUGACGGGGAACUUGAGUCACUAUGAGAAGAUUCUCGCCCGGUCACACGGCAACUACCUCGCUCAGAUUAAUAUUCGCAUGAACGAGAGACAAGAGCAGACUGCAGACGUUCUUGGAAAAUUGACGGUGCUGGGAACGAUCGUGCUGCCUAUGAAUAUUAUCACCGGUUUGUGGGGAAUGAACGUCUGGGUGCCUGGACAGAAUGCGGAAAACAGCUUGACGUGGUUUUGGUGCAUUACUGUCGGCCUGUUGGUGUUUGGGCUGAGUUGCUUCUUGAUGGCGAGGACGUUCUACCGGAUUGUAUGAGCGGGUACAGCAGUAUUUGGAGUUCGACAUGCAAGCAUGGGUUCGAGAACUGACUUCGUAUCAACGAAAAUGUUUGCUUUGACACUGGAUUUAGCGUCUAGAAAGGGGGUUAACAGCUGGUUUAUGUGCUGUUGGGCGUAUGCUUUGAGCAUUUAUUGGAUACAGACUGUUCUUGGGGGGUCAUUGAUGGGAUCUAAAUGGGCAUAUUACUAUAUAUAUGGAUGAUAUAAUAUUAUCUAUCAGCGCCUUAUAUGCCUGUCUACUGGUUGGAGCUGGUAGUAGCCGAAUAUCAGACGAGAUAUGAAAUUUGAUAAACGUGCGAAAAUGCGGUCUAUGAACAUUGUUUUGGUGAACAAGAAGCUAUAGUAUAGUGGUAACAGCAAUCUUUAUACAUUUGAACCCAC